CACUGUAGGUGCAUAUGCAUUUGCAAAAACGCUGCGUUUGGAGUGAGAGAGUCUGAGAAUCCAAAAGACGGACCUCAAAUUUAACCUAGAAAUGUAACCUUAACCACGAUCUGUGGGUAAAACAUUUAGGCGGGAAAAUCACCACUCCCUCCCAAAAACGAGGUUCACACCCUUCUCUCUCUCUCAACAUCUCAAUAUGGCUGGGGUUCGGCGGUCCAGCCGCGUGGCACAGCCAGCGACGGAGGUCGCCGGAAAACAAAAGCGGCCGGCGGAGGAAGACGUAGAGAUGGUGGUUUUGGACGAAGAGGAAAAGGAUCCAUUCAAGGCUGAGAUUGCGAAACUUCGUAAGCGAUGGGAGCUAGCCUCCGUCAUCAACUUUUUGACGGUGUUUGAGCCAGUGAUUGGGAAGCUUACUAAAGUAUCAGCGGAAGAGAUCGAGAUGGGUUUGAUAACCCCAAACGAUUCACUUGCUCAGCUUCACAUUGCGAUUUUAAAGGGAAUACCACCAGCAAGUAAAACAUUGGAUGGUUCUGAUGCAUGGGUGACUGUUCUUUGUAAGAAACUUGUUACUUGGUGGCCAUGGGUUGCUGAGGGGGAGAUUCCACUCGUGGUAGCUAAAGGAGAGGAGAUAGCACGUUAUAAAGGACUUGAUCCGACAGAGCGUUUACUAAUGUUAAAAGCACUCUGUGAACUCCGAGCCGAUCAAGAUGAUGCAGUGGCUUAUAUUAAUGAUGCUCUGAAACAAGGAACUGAAAUUUCUUCAUUCCGCAAAGAUAAGAUAGGAGGAGACGACAAGAGAACUUCUUAUUGGUAUGAUGGAAAUACAAUAAUAGGUCAUAGAUUAUACAAGGAAGUAACUGUCAUUGAAUCGAAGACAAAAGUUAGGGGAAAAGGGGGUUUGAACCUACCAAAUAUCAGUUUCCAGUGGGAAACACUAGCAACCAAUCUCGAGGAAUUUCAGAAGGUUAUGGAUGAACUCUCAUCAAGCAAAGUUGCAGGAGAACGUGGUGCUGCUAAGACUAUUGAAACUGAUGCUAUUCCUGCUCUUGAGAAACUUCAGAAGAAAAAAGAAAGGGAACUGAAAAAGAAACAAAGGCAAGAGAGGCAGCAGAAUCUUUUAACAAAUUUCUAUGGUGCUGGAAUUACACGUUCCUGUCGCAACCGCAGGCCUGUCAACUACACAUUUGAUGAUUAUGACCGGGUCAUUCAUGAGGCUAUAAAAGUAACAAAUAAGAGGAAAACUACCGAAGAGAAAGUGCAAGAAAGGAAGAGUAGAAGAAAUGACAAAGCUAACAAUGAUGCCCCAGAAAGAGACACAAAUUCAGAAGAUUCAGAUAAAGAAAGUGAUUCCACAAACAGUGAUAAUAACCAUUCUGGUAAGAAGGAUGAUCAGGAUUCUGGUUACUAUUCUAGUAACACUGAAAGCGACAUGCUUGAAGAUGCUGCUGAUGAUGAGGAUGAUAACAAUUGGGAUGGCACCAAGGAUGAGGAUAAUGAUGAAGAAGAAGAUGGUGAUCUCAGUGACAAACGCAAUUCUAAGCAAGAGAAGAACAAUGCUCAGACUGAUAAAAUUUCCCAAAAAUGGCCAGCUUUUGGUGUCCGCUGGAGUACAAGACUAGCAGGAGGCACUAGUCAUCAAGUCGUGGAAAACAGGAACUUGGGUGCUAAGAAUAGGUCGAGACAAAGACCUGUCUGCAACUCUGCCCUUGACUCUCUUGUGAUCCAAGACUCUGAGGAUGAAAACUCAGGGGGACAUGAAAACAGUGAGACCUCAGAGCAUGAAAACCCAUCCCCAGAUACCGAUCCGGAAGAAGUCAGUGAAAGCUAGAAGUAUCCUGAAGCAAAACCUGUCAUGCAAGUAGGUAUAUAGCGGAAGAUGCUCAACUUUUGUACUACGGAAAACACAAUUUUGUAAAUCCAAUAUGAGCUCUUGUUUUGUAACCCACGGUAUUAUCCCUCAGUUUCAGACAUUGAUGUUUACUUAAUGCAGUAUGCAGCCUGGUUUUUGCGAAA